AUGGUUCUGAAGGUUUACAUCAGUACUCUUUCUGGAAACCUUAAGGUCAAAAAAGAGCAGGCACUAAUUCUGUCACUGCUGAAUGCUAAAAAGGUUGACUUUGAAGAAGUUGACCUCUCUGACGUCUCCAAUGAGUCUAAAAAGUGUUCAUUGUUUGAGGAGCUGAAGAAAAAAGAGAAACCUUUGGUUCCACCACACAUUUUCCUCGAUGAAGAAUAUCUCGGAGGCUAUGAGGAAUUUUACGAGGCCGUGGAAAUGGAAGAACUAGAAUCUUUUCUAAAAUUGCCUGGAGAAAAACCUAAGUCGUUCUCGGCAUUGAUGGGUAGCAGCGCCAGUGAGGCUGAGAGUGAGGAGGAGGACGAGGAAAAGGCUAAGGAGUCUUCGGUCGAUGAAGAUAAGCCUGAUAUUCCUAAGGAGGAAGAAAACGGUGAAGCUGUUAAAGAAGAAGAGGAUAAAGAUAAAAAAGAAAAGGCUUUACAUGAAAGUCUUGAAGUGAAAGUUGAUGAAAAUGAAGACCAUUCCACAGAACACCAAAGAAAAACGUCUGAUGAAGAUUCGGGAAAUGAGGAAGAAGAAAAAAUAAAUCCUUUGUCAGCAAAGGAUGUUGAGGGAGAAGCAAGACCUUCUAAUGACUCUGAUGAAAGUUCGGAAGACUCGUCUAGAGAAUCCGAAGCCAAAAAAUCCAAGACAGAGUCGGAUAGUGACUCGUCAAAACGUUCGGUUUCUAGUGCUCAAAAGGAUUCUGAAAGCUCAUCAUCUGGAGAAUCUGAGGCCAAGAAGUCGAAGACAGAUUCGAAUGGCAGUUCACUUAAACACUCUCCACCAGAUUCUCGAAAACCUUCUGUUACUUCCGAAGCCAAUAGCCCGGAAGCAAAAUCCGACAGUGACUCAUCAUCAAAUCACUCAGGGCAGUCUGCAGAAAAGUCUAUGAAGAUUAAAAGGGAAAACACAAAGGAGUCAGAAGACUCAAGCGCAAGUGAGUCCGAAUCAUCUUCGGACUCUGAGUAA